GGAUUUACCUUCGUGUAUAGAUGUGUCCAACCGUAAAGAGCUGACUGAAAAGUUAAAGGACCACGGUGGGGGAGGAGAAGUUAAAAAAAGGACCCAUAAAGACCUUCCCAAUGAACUCCAUAUGCCUCUAGUCGGCGAAUGGGAAUUUGAACGUGAUGAUGAUGAAUAUAUUAAGUUUAUAGACCUCUUCCUAACUUACGUGCUUGAAAGAGAUCCACUCAACCACAGCGAAUCGGCUGUUCCUUUUCUGACAUGCUUUUCAGCCCUCCUUAAAGAACAUGAGCUCCAUUCUCUUCUUUUUGAUGUUCACACAACCCUGAUACGUCGACAGUUCAGAACUGAAGUCCAAAAUGCUUUUAGAGCUGGUUCUUGCUACACCCUUGGUUAUGGAUUUAGUGAUUGUAAACUAGCUUCUGUAUGGGGUAAAAAGAAAAAAGAUGGUGAAAAAGAAACUUUAGCUGCUGAGCAACCCUUAGAGCUUUCAGAUUGUGAUUCAGUCAUGGGACUUACUGAAAGAAGAGGUUUAUUUGGGCAAAGCCAGCAAUCAGUCAGUGACUCACAUGAUUCCAAUAAGACCUUAACAUUCAUACCAGCGUUUGCUCAAUGUUGGUCUACCCCUAAAACAGCGCUCUUUCAAAAAUACAUCUGCAAAACUGGACCAGUGAAUGACGUCACCCAACAAGAUGAACCAGUCCCAGAAAUACAUCUUAAAUUUAACAAUAUCUCUCGCUUACUUGAAUGGAUGAUCAGAUGGUCCGGUAAAAGAAUGGUUCAGGAUCCCAUCACAACAGGGACACUUCAGGAAUGCCAACCAAUGAUGCAUGUGAAAAUAUCAUCAUCUGCCAUUCUUUCAUCGUUGUGGAUUUUAGAGCGACGUUACGGCAACACAUUUCAAGACCAAAAUUGCGGUUUGAAACAACAGAAACCGCGGGGAAAAACUUCCACUAUCAUACCCAAACUGGAGAAAGAUGGUGCUGAGAGUACAAAUAGUUCUUCAUCGGAGGGAGCUCCAGCUGAUAUCCAAAAUGGACAGGCAUACAGUGAACCAUUUAAAAAUAUUCCAAGGUGCGGAACAUUACCUGAAAAACGAAAUAGGAAGAAAGUAAGUCAUGGGGAUCAUUCUAUAAUACCUGAUAUAGAGACUUGGAGUACAGCUAUCGAUAUCAGUCUGGCAGAAAAAGUGGCAAAGUUUCUACGAAAUGAAAUAGUUGUACCAUCUGAAACCGAAGGUUAGUUAAAAAAAAUGUUUUCUUCAUCCAUAUGAAG